AUGCAACUCGACCCCGCAAUAACUCGCCCGACCUCCUCUGACCCUCAUCCCCCAGUCAAGCGUCCCUUUUCCCACCAAGCUGUCCUGCCUCAGCCCAGGGCCUCCUUCCCCACUGCUCCUCCAGCCAAGAAACCCCGCUCUGCUUCUCCCCUUCAUCAAAAAUUUAUGCCUUCCUUCCCCAACCGCCAUCGCCCCUCAGAUGCAGGUCCUUCUUCCCAGUCUCGCCGUAAGCCACCCCGCAAUCAGCCAAAGUCAAAGGCCAGGCCUCUUCCCAGCAAUCUUCUCGACGGUCCAUUCCACGACGAGGAUUACAUCGAGCGAGAGCACAAAAAAUCUCCCAUUCCGCUCAAGCCUGUAUACAAGAAUACUCCCAAGAGCGCCGUUAACAACUUUUAUUCUACUGCCAAAAAUCUCAUUCCAGAGUAUGUCUCCGUGCAGCGCCCAAUAUUAGUCGGCGAUGAGCUGCAGCAGAUUUGGAGGACAACUGUCACUUUGGACAUUGAGCCCCAAAUAGUGGGCAUUGGGGAUAGCAAAGAUAAGAAACAGUCUACUCAUCUUGCAGCUCUCUCUGCGGUGUAUCAAUUGCAAGAACUUGGAAUUCUUGACCCUAAAAAGCUCGUACCAGCCCAAUCCUCCACCGAGACCACAUUAUCGGAUGGGUCUGUUCUUGCCUACUCCCAAGCACGCAGUUUCAUGGACUAUUACUGCCGCCAGUUCAAUUUUGACAGACCCGAUAUCGAAUACCUGGAGACAAAGGGCGCUUGGGAAGCUAUCAUGACAGUCGGUGGCCGGAGGAUUGGUCUUGGUGCCGGUGCAAACAAAAAGACGGCUUUGACGACAUGCUAUCUCGACGUUACCAAAUAUCUCGAAAGCUGUGACCCAGAGCUAUGGAAAACAUACGUAGAAGCUGCAAAGACCGGCAAAGAUCUUGGCAUGGGUCCUAGAGUAUCUUUCAAUGUCAGCCAUGGCCUUGGAGAUGCUAUCGGAGACGUUUGCUAUGAUAUUAGGAAGACCGCUCUGUAUCGUAACAGGCCUUCCCGAGAAGCUAUUGCAGUACCCGAACCAGACCCUAAUCGUAAUUCAAGGCUAAGACGACCUAAUCUCAAUGCACUCGAGGCUAGAUCAAGACAGCUAUGGGACAGGCGGCAAGCCUACCUUGUAGACAAGAACAUGGCAAAGAUGCGCCAGACGCGGAUGGCACUGCCGGUGUAUGGUAAAGCCAAGGAGGUUUUGCAGCAUAUCGAGAACAAUGAAGUCACUAUCUUGAUGGCUGCGACCGGUUCAGGCAAAACGACACAAAUCCCGCAAAUUAUCCUGGAUGAAUACAUCGAGCGUCAAGAAGGAUCUUCAUGCAAUAUCAUUUGUACUCAACCUCGUCGGCUGGCGGCCAUCAGUGUUGCUGAUCGGAUUGCAAAAGAGAGAGGGGAAGUUUUGGGUCAGUCGAUCGGUUACCAAGUGCGAUUCGAUGCCAAAUUGCCUGAACGUGGUGGUGGCUCUGUUACUUUUUGUACUACCGGUAUUUUCUUGAAACGUCUACAGUCGGCGCUUUCAGGAGGGCGUUCUGAUCCUUUAGCGGGGAACUUUGACGAUGUCACACACAUCAUUGUAGAUGAAGUACACGAACGAGACAUCGACACUGAUCUACUUCUCGUGGUUCUCAAACAACUUAUGGCACAAAAGAAGGCGAAGAAACAGUCGUUUAAAAUCAUCUUGAUGAGUGCUACCAUCGACCCUACACUUUUCCAGGAAUACUUCAAAGAUGAAACUGGCACACCAGCCAAAGUAAUCAGCAUCCCUGGUCGCUCGUUCCCUGUCACAAAGUAUUUCAUGGACGAUUAUCUACCAAAGCUGUUGUCAGGGCCCAUGAAGUGGAUGGCCAACGAAGAAAAUGUUGCACAAUAUAUCCACAGGGAACUAGGUCCUGUUGUGGCCAGGCAAAUUGGUGCUUCUCCUCCAAGAAAUGAAAGCCGUACAGAGGACAUUGAACUUCCGUAUCCCCUCAUUGCCGCUACUGUCUCUAAUGUGUUACAGACUUCAGACGACGGCCACGUAUUGGUAUUCCUCCCUGGUUGGGAUGAGAUUAUUGCUACUCAGAAAGCCUUGCUUUCGCCUCUUGGACCUUUACCAAUAAAUUUCAACUCGCAGAAGUACUCUAUCCAUUUGUUGCAUUCGACCAUUCCCUUGGCAGAACAACAGGCCAUUUUUGAACCACCUCCGCCCGGCGUCCGUCGUGUCAUCUUGGCCACCAACAUCGCAGAGACAUCCGUUACUAUCCCUGACGUCGUCUAUGUUAUUGAUACAGCCAAGGUCAAAGAGCAGCGUUAUGAUCCCGACAGGCACAUGUCGUCUCUUGUUUCUGCAUGGGUCGGGUCUUCCAAUCUGAAUCAACGUGCCGGACGCGCUGGUCGACACAGGUCGGGUGAAUACUUUGGAAUUUUGAGUAAACAACAUGCUGAAGCGCUGCAUCCUCAUCAAACUGUGGAGAUGAAGCGAGUCGAUCUGAGUAACGUCGUCAUGCACGUGAAAGCGCUGAACUUCCCUGGAAUGUCUGUUGAAGACGUCUUGGCUGCUGCCAUCGAACCACCAGAUUCUGGGCGGGUCGAGGCUGCGAUGAAAAAUCUCCAGAUGGUUGGUGCUCUCGAUUCGGGGAAGAAUCUGACUUCUCUUGGGCGGGUACUCCUGCAAAUUCCCGUGGAUGCACAAAUGGGUCGUCUAGUUUUGUAUGGCAGCUUCUUCCGGUGCUUGGAUCCUGCUCUAACAUUGGCAGCUAUUUUGACGAAUCGGGACCCAUUCAUGACACCUAUGCAUUUGAAAGAACAGGCGAGGAAAGCGAAGAACUCGUGGGUUACGGAAGAAUUUAGGUCGGAUCCUCUAACAACAUUGAAGGCCUUUGAUGCGUGGUGGGCCAUGCAAUCCCGAGGCGAAUAUGUCAGCGCCAACCGUUUCUGCAUCGACAACUUCCUCUCGAAACCAACUUUGCUUAUGAUUCAAAAGAUCAAGACACAUCUUCUUCAAUCUCUGUAUCGUGCAGGUGUUAUUGCGGUGUCAGCUGGAGGAGCCAUCAAUAAGGAUGAAGUUUAUAACCUUGGUACCCGGGGUCUCUCGGUCCCGGCGGCUUUGAAUACCAACAAGGAUUCAUACCCACUUUUGACUGCGUUGAUUACCAUUGCCUCUCAACCUAAAUUUGCUGUCCGUGUGACAGAAAGAAGUUUCCGAACAAUAACUGACAAGACGACUAGUAUCCACCCCUCGAGCGUCAAUCACUCAAGGAAAGAGCGUACGGUGGAGACAGAAUCAACAUCAUCAGUUCCUCGUAGUGAGAAACAACUAUUUGCCUUCUCAGAGAAGCGUAGAAAUGACACGUCGGGAGCAAAUGCUCAGACGUUCUUGGUUGGGACCACGCGUCUCGAUCCUUUGACCUAUAUUCUAUUCGGUGCAUAUAAUGUGGAUGUUGUCGAACGUGGAUUGGAGUGCGAUGGUUGGCUACCUAUUGUUGGCGAUGUCAGAGUUCUGGAUGAGAUUCAGCGCUUGAAGAAAUCCAUGGAGUCCUGCAUGUUGCGUGUUUUCGAGGGUAUCACGAUGAGCCGACAGCGUCCUGGUCAACAAUUGCCCAUUAUUGCCCGAGAGGAUACAGAAGAAGAGUUCGACCCCAACGAUGACAAUGGGAACAUAGAUUAUUCCCUGUCCAGCGAAGAAGUUCGAGAUUUGGAUCUGAUGACGAGGGAUAUUGUCAGUCUCCUUAAUCGCCACAGCGAUGAAAGGAUAGCUAGCCAAUCUCGGCAAACGUCAAGAGCUCCUACUCCAUUGUUUGGCUCUCCCCUUCCGUUUAAUGCCAAACUUCCUGGUGCAGGGUCGAUUUCAGGUUACUCGACACCGGCUGGUCAUAAUAUGUUCCAAUCUCGGCCAGGAACUCCUAGUCGUUUCCGAAGGAUGUAA